AUGGCCGAUAUCGAGCCAUCAACCUCGCCACCGUCCGAGAAGCAGGCCGUUUCGCAGACAGCACAUGACCGAUCAGCAUCACCUGUGGCAAUCGGCCGCAUGUCCACCGAGUCAGCAGCAGCCGCGAAGAAGAUUUUGGAGCAUUCGGGCGAUCAUGAUGAAGCCAUGAAAGCCUUCGCCAAUGGCGAGGUCGUCGAGGUAGAUGCUGCUACCAAUAAGCGGCUCCUUAGACGCAUCGACAAGUUCAUGAUGCCUCUCAUGUGUGUUGUCUACGGUCUUAACUAUCUCGACAAGACGACUUUAUCUUACGCAUCCAUCAUGGGCCUGAGAGAAGAUAUCAACCUCGUGGGUGACAACUAUCAAUGGCUAGGUGGCAUGUUCUACUUUGGCUACCUGGCUUGGGAAUGGCCCACGAACUUGCUUCUGCAACGCCUUCCACUGGCGAAGUAUAGCGCACUGAACGUUAUCCUCUGGGGCUCGAUGCUGGUCUUGCAUGCUGCAGUAGGCAAUUUUGCCGGUGCCGUUGCCGUGCGGCUCCUGCUGGGUGUCUUCGAGAGUGCUGUUACGCCAGGGUUCGCCCUCCUCACUUCCCAGUGGUGGACGCGUUCGGAGCAAGGGUAUCGUACUUGUAUCUGGUUCUCCUUCAAUGGCUGGGGCCAGAUAUUCGGCGGCCUAAUCGCCUAUGCCAUCGACGUGGGCGCGCGACGCCACGGCUCGGCGAUCGCGCCCUGGAAGACCGUGUUCAUGGUCAACGGCCUCAUCACCGUGGCUCUCGGCAUAGCCUUCUACUGGAUCAUCCCCGAUAAUCAGCUCAACGCCCGCUGGCUCAGUGACCGUGAUCGCGUCCUUGCUGUAGCCCGCGUGCGGAGCAACCAGCAGGGCAUCGGCAACAAGCACUUCAAGAGAUAUCAGUUCAUCGAGGCUCUGAAAGAUCCCAUGACGUGGGCUUUCGUCUUCUAUUCCCUGGUCGCGGACAUUCCCAAUGGGGGCAUGAGCAACUUCUUCUCCCAGCUCAUCGUGUCCUUCGGCUACACGCCCUCCCAGUCUCUUCUCUACGGCACGCCCGGCGGCGCAGUCGAAGUCGUCGCACUGCUCGUGUGCGGCUAUCUAGGCGACAGAUAUGGUCAGCGCAUUCUCUGGUCGAUGGCGGGCCUCAGCGUGGGCAUCCUGGGCUUCAUUCUGAUCGUCGCGCUCCCGCUCGACAUCAAGACCGGCCGACUGAUCGGCUUCUACCUGACACUCGCGGUACCCUGCCCAUUUGUGGCGUUGCUGUCGCUCAUCAGUUCCAAUAUCGCCGGCUACACCAAGAAAACAACGGUGGCGGCCCUCUACUUGAUAGCGUAUUGCGUGGGGAAUAUUAUAGGCCCACAAACCUUCCGCCCCGCCGACGCGCCGCACUACCGCCCCGCCCAGAUCACCAUCCUAGCCUGCUACGGCGCCUGCAUGAUCGAUCUGGUCUUUAUCUGGUGGUACUACCGUCGACAGAACCAGCGGAAGACGGCCCUGCGUGCUGCGCCUGGGUAUACAAAGGUCGAAAACCAGGAGUAA